CAAGGUAUGUGCUAUUUUAAUCUUACCGUGUUUACACGUACACACACGAUUUUUCAGAUAUAACUUUGUCAUUUUAUUUCACUACUAGAAGUACCACAGAAGUGCCUUUUUAAAUAAAGUACGCGACGCAAUAGAACAGGAUGUCUUCCAGAGCAAUGAGAAAACUUCAUGGGGACCGGAGUUUGGAUGAACUUCGGAGCCGUGUUCUCGAAGAUGAUCAUGAUGCGGCUGAAGAUGAGGAUGUUGAUAAGGAUGACGAUGAAGAUGAAAUGGAAAGACCAGCUGCCGCACCGUUCAACCCGUUUGAGUUGUUGCAGGAAGAUGGCAACGAUGUUGAAAGUGAUGGAAAUGAUAGAAGUACAUCAUUCCCUCAACAAGGAGUCCAGACGUCAUCCAAACAAACGAGUCGUGAAACAGCCACAGGGGCCAAGAGGAAGAAGAAAAAGAAGAAGAAAAGGAAGCAGGCUGACAGCGAGACAAAAGCUGAAGAUGUGCCUGAAAAUGAAGAUGAAAUUGAUGCCAGCGUCAGGGAAGUCAAUGCUAUGCUUGGAGCUUUGCCCAAUGGAAGGGCAGGGCAGAUUACCCACGGUGCCACCGCUGUUCCCAUGGAAACCAAGGCGGUGCUGGCAGUGGAACACAAGAAUCUCAAUGCAGAUAACGAGAUGCGGAGAAUCUUUGGCUCGAAUGUCGUCAGGCAAACUGAGCAGAGGAAAAGAGGACGACGUAAAGCAUAUCAGCGAUCAACUUGGCUGGUCAACCCAAAAGCUGAAUGGCCCAACAUCGGAAAAUCAGGUUUAUCCAUGAGACAGCUUGAAAUAAAAGGCGGGUAUCAGUACUUCACUCUUGAGCACUCAAAGGACUACCAGCAGGUUCAGUUUCAAUUUCUGGACGCCGUAGAAUCACUCAACCCACAGAAUCUAACGGUUCUGCUUCAGAUGCACCCUUACCACAUCGACACCCUUCUACAACUCAGUGAAGUCUGUAAGAUGAGCGAAGACAGACAGAUGGCCGCUGAGCUUGUUGAGAGGGCGCUGUACAACAUUGAGUGUAGCUUCCACACAAUGUUCAGCUUGACACAGGGGACGUGUCGACUGGACUACCGAAGGGUAGAGAACAGAGCAUUCUUCUUGGCCCUGUUCAGACACGCGGUGUUCGUGGGUCAGCGGGGCGCAAAUCGUACCGCUCUCGAAAUCUGUAAACUACUCUUGAGUCUUGACCCAGACACUGAUCCGCUGGGCAUCUUGUUGAUGAUUGACCACUAUGCACUCAGGUCUGAGCAGUAUCAAGUACUGAUCAGGAUGCAUGAUGAAUGGGAGGCCCACAAGAAUCUUUCCCAGCUGCCCAACUUUGCCUUCAGCCUGGCGCUGGCUCAUUUCCACAACAGUCAAGACGGCGAUACUACCAAAGCUGACUCUUGUCUGCAAACAGCUCUACUCAUGUACCCCUCGGCCUUGAUGCCCCUUUUGGACAAGUGUAGCAUCCAGCCGGACGCCUCAGCCAAGAGGCAUCCGUUCUUCUCCCCUGUGAGUUACUGCAACCAGCCAGCAGCACUGACCCAGCUGAUAACGCUCUACAUCAGCCGGAACUAUGCCAUGUGGAAGGUGCCCGAGGUCAUGAAAUGGUUGGAGAGUAAUGUCAGUGUGGUGCUACAACGGGUGGACAGUCAGGACCCAGUGGUCAAGGAAUAUCAGACAAAGAGGCAGACGAGAUAUCGAGGUACGCCACGGAACGUCUUCCGUCAUAUCAUCCUGUCCGAUAUCAAGGAUGCAGUCGUGUCCCUCCCUCCAGAGCUGGCCAAUACUCCGGUCUUAUCCUACGACCCGGUGCCUCCCAAGGAUUCUAUCAUCUCCUAUCAUAUACCUGCUAGACAGCAAAGGGCCAGCAGCCUUCGCGCAGAUAACGGCAUGUUUGCGGAAUUCUUCCGGUCGAUGAUGCCUUCAUAUUUACCUCCACCACCUGGAGCAGCACCUCCCGACCCAGCGGUUCAAGUCGGUGGCGAUGACCCGGCCGGUGCAGAAGGAGGCUACUUAGCCCCCAACACCGACCUCCGUCAGAGUCUAGGCACCCUGAUGGAUGCAAUGAGGGACCUCCUGCAUAGUCUGAGACCCCCAGAGGGGGGACAGGAGGAAGAUGAGGAGGAGAUGGAAGAGUUUGAUUAGCAAGCAACAGGGAUGUAGUCAAGCCCAUCACAAGUCCAGUCACAAGUAAAUCACAAGUCCAGUCACAAGAGACAGUGGAUGAAAGAUAACAAAGGAAUGCGUUAGUCAAAGCUCAUUUAAAUAGCUUGUGAGUUGAAUUGGGACUGGAGGACUUGUGAUGGACUUGCAGGGACUUGUGAUUGACUCAACUACAUCCCUAAGAAGCAGUCACAAAGAGGAGAGAUUGGGCAGUAAGAAAUUCAUUCUGAGUGGUUUUCAGGCAAUCUCAACCCUUUGGAAGGCUAGCACGAGCAUUGGUAUUUUGGAAAGGAAUGGCACUUUUGUCCAGAAAGUCUCUUACGGACCCCUUCAACAAGUACCCCUUCCAAGGUUCCAAAGAAAAAAUUGACGAAGACCACUUGGGGGGGGGGGGGGGUGGGGAGGGGGUAUUUGAACACAUUGCGGGUGUUGCCUGACGCUCACACGAAGAUGCCAUGGGUUUGGGUGCAUUCAGAGUAAUAUGAGGAGCAAGCAUAUGUGAGGUGAAGGAGUCUUAUUAGGUGAAACUGACUUGCAGAAACAUCAAUCAGCUGUGAUGACAGAGGUUUAUUUCACUUUGAAAUAGUCCACACCUACAGCGUAUAAAGUGACAUGAAGUAAAAAGCAUAUGUUUAUAACAAAUGCUUUUGGCAUUGCAAGUGAAAAAAAUAAAUCUUAUCCUCAAAGUAUACUACUUGUAUUUAGUUUUUUUUUUUUUUUUUUAAGUGUUAAAAAAAAUUGAUUAAGAGAGUUUGGCACCAUUUCCAGAUGUAAACACCUUAAAAGCAAUGUAAUUUACACCCUCUGAUAGUUUUUUACAAAAUUGGUGUAAGUAUUAGGAAGAUUUUUAAUAACUGCGAGGAAACCAAAGCCAGUAAUAGAAUGGCGUCUGGGAAUAUCAUGCUAGGUUGGUUGCCAAUAACCAUGAUGCAACCCCCCCCCCCCCCCCCCCGCCGCCCGCUCCGAUAUACAAUAUUAAAAUAACCACUUUGAUUAAGUUCGGCUUUGUAAGUGAAUCUCAUCCAUUCCACAUUAUUGAACCGUUGAGAGCAAUCAUGCUUUACCGUUGGACUAAUUCGCCGCUUUGAUGACUCCGGAAUGAUUUUGAAAAACCAAUGAGGCCAGAGUCUGUAAACAGCUCUCUUUAUAAAACCAGUCGUGUGUGUGUGAGCCUCUCAGCUGAAAGAAAAUCUCCAAUUGCCGAAAUCUCGGUUAUUGCGGCAGAUUGAAUUGUAUGGGAAGUAAAUUUGUAAUAAGUACUUGGGAUGAAUUUGAGCCUUUUUUUAAAUUUUGGCUUUUGAGAAAGAUCCUGCCAGAGUCGGAACGUCAUGCCCUGUAACUUUAUUGAUUUGCAUAUUUCAGGUCAAUACAGUCAGUAAGCAAUUUUCAGCAGUUUUAUUCGUUUUUCAUGUAAAACAAAACCUAUAACAGAAAUUUGGCCGUUCUGAUAUUACGCAAGUAUUUUGUGCACACCACACAUAGAAUUUAUAUAUUGCAUUACUCCACAAAUACUCAAAUAAAUAUUCUAAAUCACUCUUCUUUUUUUUCAAGUUACAGAUGACCUAUUUUCACAGUGAACAAACCCCCUAACAAAUCCCAGCCACGCCCCUUUUUUAUGGCCCAGUUUUUAACGAGCCUUUCAAUAUUAUACGGCCUGUAAGUAACUCGAUCAUUCAGGCAAGAUCCACCUUGAUAAUAACACCGAUAUCAUCUGUACGUUA